CUCAGUUCUGCAGGUGGUAAGCACUUUGGAGAGUGCGGAGAGUAAGUUAACAUUGUUUAAGACAGGACAUACAGAACACAUGUUUGCUGUAUUAAAAAAUGCCCUCUGUUUCAAGGAGCUGCUGAAAAUCAUUUGUCACAGAGGCACAAAUGAGCAGAUAUAGGAGGUCAACACCAGCAUCAGGCAAUAAGCUACACAGGCAUUGUGAGAGCUGCCACACCAAAUACUGCAAUGCUCCCAUAGAGAUCUCUUUGUCAUGCAUGAUCAUCAACUGCCGCUUGCUGUGUGGAGCCUCCUUUCACAUGUGUAAAGAGGACGAACACAUACUGCUCUGUCCUAAUGAAAAGGUGCCCUGCAUUAACAAAACCUUUGGCUGCCCUUUUAGCAUGUGUCGCUCGAAGCUGGCCAAACACCUGGAAGUGUGUCCUGCUAGUGUGGUGGUCUGCUCAAUAGAGUGGAACCGCUGGCCCAUUGAGGAUGUAAAGUCACCAUUAAUUAGCAACCUUUUGAAAAACAUCCAUGAGCAUCAAGCUCUGGACCUGUCUACAUCUCUAAGAGAUCAGAAACAACUAUGCAGCAGGCUGAAAAUGAGGAGCUUCUUUCCUCAGUUGAUGCAGGAACCAGAAAAACCUAUUCAAACAGAAGUAGAAGCAGAGGAUGACGCAAGAGGAGGUGACGUUUUGCUUAAUGGAAGCCGUAUGAAUUGCAUGGAAGGUGACCCUAAAAAAGUCCAGAUGGAGGUUUCCGUUGAGAAAAAUCUCACUGUGGAUGAAGAGAAAUACAACAUAUAUGAGAAGAUGUUUAGCAAAGAGAGAGGGGGCUGCAAGCAGGACCAGGAAGAAGUAUCAAAAGCAGAAGUUAAAAAAGAUAGGCCUAACCAAAGUAAAGGUUCAAUAUACCCAUCUACCUCUCAUCAAAAGGAAUCUGCUGAGGCAAAUAAAGAAAAUACACGUGGAGGAGAUGCUGUCCAAACAGGCAUCCCUAAAACUGGCCUUGCUCCUUGGCAAGAAGGAGUUUUGGAAAGACUUAAGGAAGUAAAUCCAAGAGAGUACGACAUGUAUGUAGUUCAUCAUGGACGCAUGCUAAUUUCCUUUGGCCAGAUAAAGGCUUGCACUCCACGAGAAGAAGAUUUUGUGUAUGGAAGCCUGGAACCAAUACCAGUUCAAACUCUUCGUUCCUUUAAUGUUCCGAUCAGUUACAGGCACAAACGCAUUCAUCUUAAAGAUCAUACCAGCAAAGUGUGCACAGAGAACAAGAGUGUGGACACGUCUGAGUUGGGUUUGACUACUGAAGAGGAGACUCAGAAGAUGGAUGAGAUGUUUGCAACUUUGUUAUGUGCUGCUGAAGUUGAGGUCAGAGGACACAAGAUCAGUGAAUCUGUGGUGACAGAUGGACUUACUUUUGAUAUUGCAACUCAGACAUAUGACUUUCUCGCAGCUCCUUUUAAGUACAACGCCACUCUGGCUGAUAUUACAGAGGACAGAGAUUUAAAACCUUAUCUCCAAAUGGAAACAGAGAGUGUGACACUUAGACACAAUAAAUCUACUUCUGAGUUCACAUUUAUGUGUGAACAUUUUUUCAGAAGGGAUGAGUUUGCAUCUCACUAUAAAAACGUACACUCAGAUAUCCAGUCUUGUUUGAAUGGCUGGUUCGAGCAGAGAUGUCCUCUGGCUUAUCUGGGCUGCACCUUCAGUCAAAGACGACUCCAGCCCUCCACACACAAAGCUACGGUCUACUUUAACCAGGACCUUAGCGUCUUCACACUCAGACCUGAUAUUGAUUCUCAAAUGAUCCCAAAACAGCAAAUUGGAUAUGAGGAUUCUCUCAGUAAUUUACCUUUUGAGGUACUGUGUCAGAUCGCCAGGUACCUAGAUAGCUUCUCUCUUUCCCAGCUGGCCUUAGUGUCUCGACUUUUCCGAGAUGUUAGUGCGACUUUACUGCAUGAGAGAGGAAUGGUCUGCUUAAAAUGGAGGAAAAAACUAUACACCCAUGGGGGAGCCAAAUGGAAAUCAUCCAUAGUUUGGGAGUUCAGCAGUCUUUUUAGCAGAGUGGGUACUUGGUGUAUUGAUGACAGUCUUCCCAUGUCAGACCACCUUCAGCACUGUCCAUUUUACCAAAGAGAACCCAAAACAAAGCCUUUUCCACUGCCCACCAUGUGGAAGAAGAAUAACAUCAAAGGAUCAAAGGAUCAUAAAAAUCUAGCAACACAGUUUAUGGGGCGCCGGUAAAAUUAAAUUGAUUAAUAUUUGUAUUUGUUGUGCAAUUUUUAUAAGUGCAGUUAUUACACUAUAUUGAAUGAAAAUUCAAGUGAAGAGAUCAGAUAUAAAAUGAAUGUUGAAUGAAGUCUCAAUGUUUCAGUAAAGAAGUCCUUUUUGGAUUUUUUAGAGUAAAUCACUUCCACAUCAUCUCAUCUCACCUAAACCAAUGUAGCUGCUUGAGCAUGAAAAAUCAGUGCAGGUCCCCGCAAGGACCACAUGAGUCGCCCGCGAGCCUUUUCUAAAAAUAGCUGUUUCCUACCUUGUUAAAUCCUUGUUGAUAAUUAUUGUGAUAAAUUAUUAACAUGAUUAAAGUCUUCACAUAGAUCAGGGGUGUCAAACUCAGUGUCAAAUCUGACCCGACGUUCAAUUAUAUCUGGCCCGCGAGAUGAUUCUAUAAAGAUCUAUUAUAAUUGUUAUUAAUGGCCCGGCGAUAUGAAGCGCUGAUAACACAAACUACAGAUCCCAUAAUGCAGCGCUUCAGCUGCCUUACCGAACGCUAGAUUACCUGGGAACUGUUGUAAAGUUACUGAAGAGAAAAAUGGAUUCUGAAAACAGAAUACCGAUGGGAUUCUGAGUAGAUGUUUACUGACACUGCCGGUAAACACGUGUUUGUUAUUUGUUUAGCGAAUGUGGAUGUAAUUAAGGAAUUGAAUAUAAGA